AUGGAGGCGUCCGCCAACGGGUCCAGUUUUGGCAUCGACUCACUGCUGUCCCACAGGCCUGGAAGUCCGGUGUCCAAAGGGGACAGCCUGGUCGGGGAGUGCCGCUCGCCUCUGGAGUUCAGCCCGCGAUCAGACGUGGAGAGCGGCUGCUCGUCGCCUCCGUCGCCGAGGAGGGAGUGCGUGGACGAGGUGGCCCAGAGGCAAGGUCACGGCGUCGGCCUGCCGCCGCACCUGCAGCACGCGCAGAUAUCUGCGGGGUCGCAGCAGAGGACCGUGACCUCGUCGUUUCUCAUCAGAGAUAUUCUCGCGGACUGUAAGCCUCUGGCCGCGUGCGCGCCUUACUCCAGCAAUGGACAGCCGACUCAGGAGGCGGGGAGGCUGGCGUCCAAGAUAGCGGAAGACUUUAUGGAGAAAAUCCACAGCAACUCGUCGUCAGACAGUGAAUAUAAAGGUAAGGAGAGAAAACUGUCUGCAGACACAGUGAGGGGGCUGCUCUGCUUUAGAGAUGAGAUUGGAG